UCUCAGGCAUAUUUAGCUUCGCCAAAAUUCUUCGACGAUACAAGCAAAGCGUUUCUUACUGUUCUGUUGGGGAAAAUAAGGAAACUCGUCCAUCAAUGGCUUCUUCUUCUUCUUCUUCUUCUUCGUCUUCCAACGCUGUAAUCAAAACCCUAGGCUCUCUUAGCAACGAGUCCUUCGUCUCUCUCCUCUCGAAACUCAUCGGAGAAUCGAAGUUCGUGCAGAACAAUCCGCCGGAGCUGAUCCCGGAGGAGGACAGGAUCGUCAAUCAUGUGCUCGACUGUCUCCGUCCUUACAGCACAGACACCGGAGGUGGUCCCCUCGUGAUUAACCACGUUACUUAUCAUCGUCGCCGGGGAAAUCUCAUCGUCGAGUACCCUGGCACCGUCCCAGGAAAGAUCUUGUCUUUUGUCGGAAUGCACAUGGACGUCGUCACCGCCAAUCCUGAUGAGUGGGAAUUUGAUCCUUUUACGUUAAGCAUAGAUGGUGAUAAGCUCCGAGGUCGCGGAACAACAGAUUGUCUGGGUCACGUUGCACUUGUGGCGGAGCUCAUGAAGAGGCUAGGUGAGACCAAACCAGCGUUGAAGUCGACCGUUGUGGCAGUUUUCAUUGCAAACGAAGAGAACUCCGCCAUUACAGGUGUUGGCGUGGAUGCACUCGUGAAAGACAGGCUUCUUGAUAAGCUCAAAUCUGGUCCCCUGUUUUGGAUUGACACGGCAGACAAGCAGCCAUGCAUCGGAACUGGUGGCAUGCUACCAUGGAAGCUUCAUGUUACCGGAAAGCUUUUCCACAGUGGUUUAGCUCACAAGGCUAUAAAUGCGAUGGAAUUAGGAAUGGAAGCGCUCAAGGAAAUCCAAACUCGGUUCUACAGAGAUUUCCCACCACACCCACAAGAGAAAGUUUACGGAUUUGCAACACCAUCUACCAUGAAACCCACCCAGUGGUGUUAUCCAGGAGGCGGAAUUAAUCAGAUUCCCGGAGAAUGCACAGUCAGCGGUGAUGUCAGGCUGACUCCUUUCUACGACUUAAAGGAAGUGAUGAAGAAGCUGCAAGAGUAUGUAGAUGACAUAAACGACAACCUUGACAAGCUUCCCACCCGUGGCCCUGUUUCAAAAUAUGUCCUUCCUGAUGAGAAUCUGUCAGGAAGGCUAACUCUAAGCUUUGACGAGGGAUCGGCUGGAGUUGCUUGCAAUCUUGAUUCCCGUGGCUAUCACGUUCUGUGCAAAUCGACAGAGGAAGUCGUCGGGCAUGUUAAGCCUUAUUCCAUCACUGGAACCUUGCCCCUCAUCCGUGACCUCAAGGAUGAAGGCUUUGACGUUCAGACCGCAGGAUAUGGUCUAAUGGCAACGUACCAUGCAAAGAACGAGUACUGCCUUCUCACAGACAUGUGCCAAGGCUUCGAUGUCUUCGUCAAGAUCAUCUCGCAACUGGAACAAGACUGAGCUAAUUUUCAUAUUUACCCUAUAUGCUAAACUUUCCUUCUUUGCUUAGAUUCCAUAAACCGACCAAUAUUAGAGUCUUCAUCAGAUGUCUGAGAAUUCUCAUAGCUUAUAUACUGAUUAUCAUGAUUCUAUACAAAUCUUUGCUUCUA